GGAGUUUACUCUGAUGUGUCUGCUCUCUCGUUGGUUGGCGUAGGCCAGCAACAAAUCCAGCUCCCUGAACCCGGUCCUACCCGGGCGGGUACGCGAGCCGAGGGUAAAGAAAGAAAAAGCCCUGACGUCACGUGGCCGUCCUACUCCCAGACCCUCGGCGCAGGAGCACAGAUUUAUGUCAGAUGUGCUUGUUUGUAUUUAUUUAAUGGAGAUCAGCUCGUAGAAUGCAAUUGCAACGACCAGAGGGAUUCUAGCAGUAUUGUCGGACCUUUAAAAAAAAAAAAAAAAAAGCAGUGUCGUCUUCGAGGCAGUUGCGACUGAAGUCUGUGUCUUUGAGUGGAAGAGUACAUUGACUGGUCAGCAUGGCAGAGAACAACUUCCCUCCCCUGCCUCGAUUCAUCCCCCUGAAGCCAUGUUUUUACCAAGACUUCAACGAGAUCCCGGACCAACGUCGCACCAUGUGCAAGAGGCUUUAUUACCUAUGGAUCUUGAAUAGUGCCACGCUCGCCGUUAAUCUAAUUGGCUGUCUGGCGUGGAUGUGCGGUGGGGGCGGAGCUACCAACUUUGGCAUGGCCAUCCUGUGGCUCAUCCUCUUCACCCCGUGCUCCUAUGUGUGCUGGUUCAGGCCCAUCUACAAGGCCUUUAAGACCGACAGCUCCUUCAACUUUAUGGCUUUCUUCUUCGUCUUCAUGGCCCAGGUUGUGAUCAGUAUUAUCCAGACUGUUGGCAUUCCCGGGUGGGGAGUGUGUGGCUGGCUGGCUACCAUCACCUUCUUCAGCACCAACAUUGGCUCAGCUGUGGUCAUGCUAAUUCCCACCAUCAUGUUUACUGCGGUGGCUGUGCUCUCCUUCGUUGCCCUCACAAAGGUCCACAACUUCUACCGUGGCAGCGGCGGCAGCCUGGGUAAGGCCCAGGAGGAGUGGACAACCGGUGCCUGGAAGAACCCACACGUGCAGCAGGCGGCCCAGCAGGCGGCCAUGGGCGCCGCCCAGGGAGCCAUGCAGCAGAACCAGUACUCAGCAGCUCCCACCUACAACUAUGACGACCCAAUGUAGGACACAGGAGGGGGCGAGCCAGGGAAGUGGGAGAGACAAAAAGGGAUCAAUUAAGAACACAAUUCAGAAUUAGGUGCCCUUCAUUGUAACACUGUACGAGCCGAAUUCUCAAAGAAAAACGUAGAGCAAUGUAUUGUUUUGGUGGGAAGGUACUUUUACUGGAAUUUGCCAUAUGUAGACGUUCAGACUUUAAGCAAAUUAACAUGUAAAUCAGCAGCCGGAUAUUAAAAAGCUGUUGAAGCCACCAAAAGUAUGCAUAUUAGUUGGGUUUUUUUUAACCACUCAUCCUGCUGAAAAAAAAAUCCUGAUCCUGGUCAAUACAAGUGUGUGUUGCUCUCCAACAAAGACACAUAAUAGAGCCAAAAUCAGUCCCCUAUGGUCCAUUCAUUCAUUCAGCUAGGUUGAUCUGGGGUCAGCACAGCGCAUAAAAUUGAAUUCUCCGUCUCCGAGGUGUCACAUGUAAAAGGCUUUUACUGACCUUGUUUUUUUUUUCAUAAUUGCCAGUGUCACAGAAUGUUUACUAAUAUGUAGCCUGGAAGGCAUAAUGACCCUAAAAACACUAUCUACCAUGAUUUGCCCCUCAGUUGAUGUUAUUACAAAUACAAUUCACAUUUGGCAGACGCUUUUAUCCAAAGCGACGUCCAUAUGAUGAUGUGCCUGAUUUCACAUGGUUGCUUAUAGACAUGAUUUCACAGUAUUGCCCUUUUGCUAAAAGUCAGACACAGUUCACAGUGGCACAAGUUCAUACAAAUUUUAGGAAAAAUGUAUGACAGUUUCACGCUAAGGUCAGGGUCAAGUCACAAUCACAACCAUGUGUUUUGGAGUUCGUUAUCCCUUUAAUAUUGGCCGAGACCUUGAACUUUUUCGUUCUCUUACCCUGUAUGUAAACGUUGUUCCUAUUUUUAGUGGUUAGGUGUGCACUGGUCAAAAUCCCAAAAUUUGAAUCAGUGUUUCAAAAUAGAACAUAGAUGCAUAGUGUAGAUUUAUUAAAAAAAUAUGUUAAGUGGCAUAAACAAUUUGCUGACAUCAGUAUCCAGCUCUGUGUUGUCAGACAGGCAUUUGGCAUAUUGAGCACAGAUGAAUUUCAAGGGUUAAAACUUUGAAAUCAUGAACAUAGAGAGCGUGCUGCUUUCUAAACUAUCACAGGUGAUACUCUGCAUACACAUACACACACACAUUUGUAUUGUGAAGUCGCCCUGCGUCAGCAAACCCUUUCAGUUUGGUUCUGCGUUUCUUACUUUCUCAGGAAAGGGUGUGAGAGUCGGUUUUCGAUCUUCCCUGUAAAGUCACAUCAACCCUCAGCCUGUUUUUUUUUCCCCCCUCGAAUUUCAGCGCUGUGGGUUUUUGUCUCCUUUUAUCACCAUUCUCAGCCAUUAGGGGCGUUUGGUUUGUCGCGACUCAGUAGUUCUGAAGUUGAAGAAUCAUUACACCUUAAAGUGAAGCACAUGCAGUAUCGAGGAUCGCAGUUCAUCGGGUAAAACAUUCCAAAUCGAUGUUGUACAGGUUAAAAGGUUCAAGAAUAACAAAAUACUUGUGUCGGAGAGGUGGUAGGACAUUAAUACUAGAAUUUCAAUGUUGUAGGUGCUCAUUGUUUGAAGUAAUGGAUGUUAUUCCCCCCUCGGCAAAUUCUCCCACUAACCCCUACAUGUAAAUGCUUAAAAAUGACUACUUAUUUCUGAAGCUCUGGAUUCUGGGCCUCAGUGUGUCAUUGUGUGGCUGUUGAUGUUAUUCCAUGAGUAGAUGUAAUAUGGUAUUUAUAUAUAUAAAGAAGAAAAAAACACUCAAUAUCAAUUCAAGCAAAUAAUUUCUUUAUGAACCGGAACUGGAAGAAGAUGCUUGUGUUUCGGCCCGUGCGAGGCCUGAUCCGUUCAUUUAGAGACGAUGUCAUUGAUUUAUUUCAGUGAAAAACGAUUUCACCUCGUGUCCCUCGACGUAACGAGUCAGCCUCGAGAAACUCUUCAAUCGAUAGGUGGUUAUUACAGUGAUACAGUAUUAGACUUGAAACAGAUAUGACGAUAUGUAUCUGAAUGCUAGUUAUUUCAAAACCUGUGAGUUGUCUUGUCUGAUUGUGAUGAUGUGAUAUUCGAUAGGCUAUUUUGGUUUCUUUUCAGUUGUUUUGUAUCGACCUGUUUUUUUUUUGUUUGUUUGUUUUUUGUUUUGUUGAUUUUUUUUGUGUGUGUAUAUUUUUGGAUGAUGUAUGGAUGAGUUUUGAAGCACAUGUUCUUUGUGUCUUUCCAUGGCUAUGGGUAACAGAUUUUUAAAACUUUUUUUUUUUAUCAUUAUUAUUAUUAUUAUUUUGAAAAUUUUAAAUAACGUUUACACUGAGGAAACGUGUCACACGGUGCACCUCGGUGCCAACCAAAUUCACAGUUACAUAUACUGGAGCAAUACAAUCGUAAAUCUAUGGAGGAAAAAGUACCUAUGAAACAAUUACCGGUACUAUCAAGUGGGGUCCUGUUGUGCAGGCAGACGUAUUUAUGAACAUGUAAAUGGCAAUAACAUAAGCUUUUAUGUUAUGCAUUGAGAACGGGCCUGUUUUCAAGCUGGAUAGCCUCAUGUUACAAUCACAAAGCAUUUUCACCAGCAGAUACACAUAGUUAUGAAGCAUAGCCCUGUCGACCUUCUCCGCUCACACGCUCAUCUGUCAUUAAAUGCACAAAGCGAGGCUGCUCAGCUCCGAACAAGUGUAAAGUUUUGCACAAAGAUGAACAAAACCAAGCUACUUUUCCUGUGUGUAAGAAGUUAAACGUAGUCUUAGCAAAAAUCCGGAUCAGUCCAAAUCUUUUUUGCCAUGUGUACAUACAUAUAGGGCACGGCAAUUGUGGAUAUUGAAGUGACAAUUGUACAGUUACCAUGCAGUAGUGUGCAGACUGGGCAGCAGCUGCAGUGCAUUGGACAGCCAUACCCUGCAUCUCAUGUUGGUCAUGCUGUAUCAAAGCUACCCAAAAGCCAUUUCUCAACACUGACCAAUUUCCCCCCUCAUUCCCUCAUGUACUGUAUGUUGUUUGAUAUGUAUUAUCAUGUACUAUAACAUAUAAGUAGAUAUAUCAUAAGUAUAUAAUUACUUGAGGUGAGGUAAAUAAAUUGCCAUGGAUAAACACAUUCAAUAGGAACAUGCUCUAAUUAGGUGGAUACUAUUAAAGGUUUGAGGAGGCUGUGUCUCCAUGAGUGAAGUAAAUGAGGAAUACAUUUUUGUGUAUUACUUUUGUAUUAUUUGGUCUUACCCUAAUAGAUAUUAAACAGUUCUUGUUGCA